AUGGAUGGAGGACAACCUGUUCUUGGGAAGGUGCCCCAGCGCAUGAUCGUGGGCAUCUUGGACAGCACGGCCUUCAACGGAGACAAGGAAACGUACCCGUUUGCUUUCCAGAAGAAAAGAGUGUCCGCCGUUCGACAGUUUAUUGAGAGGGAAGAGUACCCGUACGUCCAUAACAGGCCAGAGCCCCGAUUUUAAGUACUAGGCGACUUUGAAAGACGCGUGCUUCACAUAUUUGUGGCGGAUUAGAAUGCCGGCUUGGUCAGAGGCUCUUUGUUUAAAGCAUGGCGGGAUACUCGCAGCUUAAGGCAAGCAUGUGCCUUGUAGCUGUCAACAUAAUGCUUUUUAAUUACAUUCUGUCAUAAUUAACAAAACCCGAUCCAUGUUUGAUUGAAAGUAAUUGUACAAAUCUGGUACCAGACAAACCGCUUUUAAAAAACAAAAACACAAAACUAGUUUAUGGCUAUUCCUCAUUAAUUUCACUUAUCAAAACAAAUAUUUACUUUUAUCAGUUUUCCCGUUUCUUUCAAAACAUGCUUCAUUUCGAAGCGUUCCACUGUAGUCAAUGAAAGAUGCGUUUUAUCGGUCUUCUUUUUCGCGGGAAUAUCAAAAUUUCCAUCUUUCAAAACGCGAUGAACCAAAGCUCGCAGGAUACCAAAGCGCCAAAGGCGCACGAUGCCAGUUCCGGUGUUUUGUGAGCACCCGUUAAAAAUACUGAACGCUAAAACUAUCAAGUUUUGGUACAGCAAGAGGCAGCUAGUUUCUGUACCCAAAGGUUAGUGCAUGGACAGGCUAUCGAAAGAAAAUAAAAGGGAUGGUUGCCCAAUAGAUAGCAGGCCUAACUACGCAAAAUAAAUGUCUCAUUGCACCCUUGUCUGCGAGGUUAGUACUAAAUUUACACUCUAGAAUACAUUACACAACUCAAUCAGCAACACUUUGCAAGUAGAAUUGGUGAUCAGUGUGGGAAUUUAUAUUUCUAAGGGACGUCCGUCGCACAAAGGCUUAACGCGUGGGGGUUUUUAGUCAAUGACUUACAUAACAGUUUCCUCACAAUCGACCCAGUUAGAAUGCGAUAAUGUGCGCGUGAACUUUGCCUACAACUGGCAAUAAGCUGAAUAAACCGGAAGCUGAACAGCAUGAGUAAGUUACUAAAUUACAUCGCUCAGGUUCUUUUUCUUUUUUUUCAAGUACCGGAGGGGUUUUUCGUGCAUUCUGUUGCGCAGUUUGGCAGUGAUAUACCGAGCAUCAGACAGGUAACUCACCGAAGCCACCAUUUUACUCUUCUUCUACCAAACAGUUUUACUGCAAUGGUUUUAGUACUGGUCCCGUUGCCGAAACUUUGCACGAGCAAGAUACGGUAAUCGAGAGUCGAGAAUCGAGAAUCGAUAUUGUACUCGAGACAAGAAAAGGUCGCCGUCCAAGGAACAACUGAUGCAAUGCAAGAGCUUCAAGCUGCAGAGAAUCGCCAAUUCUGGAUUACAAGCAGUGCAGGAACUCCUAGAAGCGUCCAAAUUAUAAAGGAACUUUGGAGGCCAGUCAGCCACGGUGAUUGUCGCACCACCCAUAAAGUAGAAUAAAUUUGUUAGCCUGGUCUUGUCUUUGCCAAAAAUCACGUAAAACUAUAAAGAAGGUACCACUAUGAACUCUGGAAAAUGAAAAUUGAAUAAUACUAUGGUUGACGACUGAAAGUUUAAAAGACAGAGAACCUUCACCUCAGAAUCUUGGGCGCGCCGCCUGUAAGCUCUGAGGGAGAGGGAAGCCCCAUAAUUUGUCCUAUUUCAAAAACAAAUGACACUACAAAAAUUACCUACAAUUAUAAUUUCAAAAGAGAGACUACCAUCACCUCAGAAUCUUGGGCGCGCCGCCUUUAAGCUCUGAGGGAGAGGGAAGCCUCAUAAUUUGGCCUAUUUCAGAAACAAACGACAAUACAAAAAUAACCUACAAUAAUAGUUUGGAUAAAUGACCGACAUUUUAAAAGAGAGACUACCAUCACCUCAGAAACUUGGGCGAGCCGCCUGUAAGCUCUGAGGGAGAGGGUAGCCCUAUAAUUAAUUUGGCCUAUUUCAAAAACAAAUGACGCUACAAAAAUAAUUUGGAUAAAUGACCGACAUUUCAAAAGAGAGACUACCAUCACCUCAGAAUCUUGGGCGCGCCGCCUGUAAGCUCUGAGGGAGAGGGUAGCCCCAUAAUCAAUUUGGCCUAUUUCAAAAAUUUAUGACACUACAAAAAUUACCUACAAUAAUCAUUUGGAUAAAUGACCAACAUUUUAAAAGAGAGACUACCAUCACCUCAGAAUCUUGGGCGCGCCGCCUGUAAGCUCUGAGGAAGAGGGUAGCCCUAUAAUUAAUUUGGACUAUUUCAAAAAUAAAUGACACUACAAAAAUAACCUACAAUAAUAAUUUGGAUAAAUGACCGACAUUUCAAAAGAGAGACUACCAUCACCUCAGAAUCUUGGGCGCGCCGCCUGUAAGCUCUGAGGGAGAGGGUAGCCCCAUAAUUUGGCCUAUUUCAGAAACAAACGACAAUACAAAAAUAACCUACAAUAAUAGUUUGGAUAAAUGACCGACAUUUUAAAAGAGAGACUACCAUCACCUCAGAAACUUGGGCGCGCCGCCUGUAAGCUCUGAGGGAGAGGGUAGCCCCAUAAUUUGGGCUAUUUCAGAAACAAAUGACACUACAAAAAUAACCUACAAUAAUAAUUUAGAUAAAUGAUCGACAUUUUAAAAGAGAGACUACUAUCACCUCAGAAUCUUGGGCGCGCCGCCUGUCAGCUCUGAGGGAGAGGGUAGCCCCAUAAUUAAUUUGGCCUAUUUCAAAAAUAAAUGACACUACAAAUAUAAACUACAAUAAUAAUUUGGAUAAAUGACCGACAUUUUAAAAGAGAGACUACCAUCACCUCAGAAACUUGGGCGCGCCGCCUGUAAGCUCUGAGGGAGAGGGUAGCCCCAUAAUUUGGGCUAUUUCAGAAACAAAUGACACUACAAAAAUAACCUACAAUAAUAAUUUAGAUAAAUGAUCGACAUUUUAAAAGAGAGACUACUAUCACCUCAGAAUCUUGGGCGCGCCGCCUGUCAGCUCUGAGGGAGAGGGUAGCCCCAUAAUUAAUUUGGCCUAUUUCAAAAAUAAAUGACACUACAAAUAUAAACUACAAUAAUAAUUUGGAUAAAUGACCGACAUUUUAAAAGAGAGACCAUCAUCACCUCAGAAACUUGGGCGCGCCGCCUGUAAGCUCUGAGUUAGAGGGUAGCCCCAUAAUUUGGCAUAUUUCAAAACAAAUGAGAAAACAAAGAUGAUCUAGAAUAAUAAUUUGGAUAAUGACCUACAUUUCAAAAGAGAGACUACCAUCACCUCAGAAUCUUGGGCGCGCCGCCUGUAAGCUCUGAGGGAGAGGGUAGCCCCAUAAUCAAUUUGGCCUAUUUCAAAAAUUUAUGACACUACAAAAAUUACCUACAAUAAUCAUUUGGAUAAAUGACCAACAUUUUAAAAGAGAGACUACCACCACCUCAGAAUCUUGGGCGCGCCGCCUGUAAGCUCUGAGGAAGAGGGUAGCCCUAUAAUUAAUUUGGCCUAUUUCAAAAAUAAAUGACACUACAAAAAUAACCUACAAUAAUAAUUUGGAUAAAUGACCGACAUUUUAAAAGAGAGACCAUCAUCACCUCAGAAACUUGGGCGCGCCGCCUGUAAGCUCUGAGUUAGAGGGUAGCCCCAUAAUUUGGCAUAUUUCAAAACAAAUGAGAAAACAAAGAUGAUCUAGAAUAAUAAUUUGGAUAAUGACCUACAUUUCAAAAGAGAGACUACCAUCACCUCAGAAUCUUGGGCGCGCCGCCUGUAAGCUCUGAGGGAGAGGGUAGCCCCAUAAUCAAUUUGGCCUAUUUCAAAAAUUUAUGACACUACAAAAAUUACCUACAAUAAUCAUUUGGAUAAAUGACCGACAUUUCAAAAGAGAGACUACCAUCACCUCAGAAACUUGGGCGCGCCGCCUGUAAGCUCUGAGGGAGAGGGUAGCUCCAUAAUUUGGCCUAUUUCAAAACAAAUGAGAAAACAAAGAUGAUCUAGAAUAAUAAUUUGGAUAAUGACCUACAUUUCAAAAGAGAGACUACCAUCACCUCAGAAUCUUGGGCGCGCCGCGUGUAAGCUCUGAGGGAGAGGGAAGCCCCAUAAUUUGGCCUAUUUCAGAAACAAAUGACAGUUCAAAAACAUCCUACAAAAUAAUUUGUAUUAUGACCGACAUUUUAAAAGAAAGACUACCUUCACCUCUGAAUCUUGGGCGCGCCGCCUGUAAGCUCUGAGGGAGAGGGUAGCCCUACAAUUUGGCCUAUUAAGUAAAAAGCAAGUAACAAUACAAAGGUAACCUGAAAUAAUAAUUUUUGGAUUAUGAUUGGCAUUUCAAGGAGGCUAAAAUGACUGAUAUAGAAACCAUACUGUAUCUGUGACGUUGAUUAUACAGAUCGCCCAAGCGAACACAAAGAUGUUGAAGUGGAAGCUAGAAUAUCUGGAGUAAUCCAGCGUCUUGGGCUCCUUCCAGCGAAUAAGAUUUUGGCGGGAUUUCGACAGUGCUUGGCGGGCUUUUUGGAGAGUGAUUUGUCACUGGAGGCACAUCGACGCUUACAUCGUCUUAAGCCAGAGAAAAAAGACUUGAAUCCUUCGCCGUUUGAUCAAAAAGGUCGUCCAUUGAAUCAGAUAAUCGGUCUUGCUGUUCCUCAAGGAGAUGUGAAGUAGAGCUCGAGCUCUCGCAUUCGUUUUCUCCGGCGACUAUAAAAUGUGCAUUGUUGACGCCUUUUCUCAAACGUUCAAAUAGAGAAGAUUUAAAAAGUUCUUUGGUCAGGGUCUUUUCCACGCCGAGUUCCUUCCAAACCGGAGAAAGAUGUGUCAGCAGAGAGUGUAUUCCUACUUGUGGCUCCACAGUAAAAACUUGAUACGCCGACUCGCUGUUUUCGCUUCGAAGGUCACCAAACGUUGACACGGCAUACUACCCUUGACAGAAGUUAAAUAAGCCAUCGGAGCACUAUUUUCUUAAAAGAAAGCACUUGAAAAACCAUUGAAAGCGUAUCAGGCCUAUUUGAAUCCAAAUGCGGCGAGAAAACUGUAGUUAUCAAUUGCGAAGCCAGAGGCCCGAAGAUCGACUACCAAAUUUUCAAUCGACCGUGAAAUGAAUAUAUAAUACCCAAAUAGUCUGAUCAAAUUUCGCGUUUCCUUGAGAUGUCUGGUUCGUUUAAUCAGAAGUACAAAGUUCCUUGACAGGAAAUGUGUCCGGCGCUCUCCAAAGGUGUCUGGAGGAAUGCUUAAAACUAAUUACCUUGUCUGUUAUUACAAAACCGAUUUGCGGUGGUUGCUGUGGAGAUUAGGCCUCCUCCUGCGCGCAUUAAAAUCGGGGCUCUGGCCUGUUAUGCCCUGGAACUCAACGGUGCCAAUAACCAGAAAGAUCUGAUGGGGUAUCGCCGCUUCUUGGAAGCCGCGGGGGCGGUGGGCAAGCAUCGCGAGUUCAUGGUCAAACCGGGCGAGUGGGGACAAGAUAAGAAUUGCACCCUGUUCAUGUGGAACAACGUGCCUAGCGGGGAUGCGAAUGGGCCUCUGCUCAACCCCAAGCAGACCGGAGGAGUGCGUCUGGAGAUCACAUUCAGGGCAGCUCUGAACGCCAACGUCACCAUCUUGGUAUGGGAAGAAUUUGAAUCCGUCAUCUACAUCGAUUACCUAGGAGCCGUGCAGUACGAUGUCAAUGAUUAA